AUGAUGAUCUCGACACGGACCAUUGCAACACAGAUGGCUGGACAUUCUCUAACAAGGGCAAUCACGAAACCUUCCCCUUCCCCAUCCCACUUCUCGCGCUCGCUCCCACUCCCACUCCUGCGAACUCGACCUUCAACACCUCUCUCCCGAACACUCAGCACCACGCCUCACCUCUCCAACAGCAGCACCCCCUCUCCCCCUCCCCCAUCCUCAUCAGACUCCAAGGUGCUAGCAACCUACACCGGCCCCCUCUCGCGAACGUUCACCCGGCUCAAACUGUUCUCCCUCGGCUCCCUCGGACUAGCCACCAUCCUCACUCCCAUCCUUUUACUCGCACCCGGCGAGAUCUCGCUGAUCGGACGGAUGGGACUCUCCCUCACCGCGCUCGCCACCUCCGGAGUUUCCACCGCACUGAUCGCGUGGAUCGGAACGCCGUACGUCUCUUCGAUGCGACUCGUCUCCAUUGCCUCUCAAGAACCGGUGAUGGAACUCGAUACGGUAUCGUGGAACCUUCGCGCGAGGAAGACGCUUGUGUAUGAACCAACAUUCUUGCGCCCUACGAGUAGACCUUUCGCCUCAUGGGAGAUCACCAACACUCCCCCCGCCAUCACUACUGGUGGUGUUGAAGGGAUGGUGGAGAAAAAGAUCGCGGAAACAUUCGAUGUCAAAACCGGGAAAAGUUUGGGCGAGUGGAUUGUAAAGUACAAUUCGGAGGUGAAGCAGAAAGCCGAGCAAGCAGGGGAGUGGAAGACGGUAGGAAAGGUAGAGGUCAAGGGUAAACCGACGAGAUACUUUAAUGUUCAUGAGGAGCUGCUGGAUGAACAUUGGCAGGUGCUGGGUUGA